AGCUUUUACUCCAAAACACUACAUUUCCCAUGGUACCCCUACGUCAACAACCUCGCGCAAACCCUGCCCAUCUAUGAGCAUUGAAUAAAAUGGCGGCGAAAGGAAAGUCGAAGAUGAACGAAAACAUCCCAGUAGAUGAAUUUAAAGACAUUAACACCAAACGAUUUCAUAUCGGAUCUUUUCAAAACGAGUGGCUGACGAGGCUGGACACGGCUAACUAUUCCUACCAGCAAAAAGACCAAGCCGCAUUUGAUGAAGAGUUCGCAAAGGAGUUUGGAAUCGCUCCUGAGACUUUUGAUGAACUCAAAUCCAUCUGCAGUGUAGAAUCUCUUCGCAGUCACCCCGAAGAUGAAUCACCCGACACUGCAGCCGUUCCCCCAGACACCACUCUCCAAACACUCAUCCAGAGGAAAAAGAAAGAGGAUUACAAAAACAGCUUGAACAUAGAUAGGACGAAUCGAAGUCACAUUUAUGAAGAACAACUGGAGUCCAUCGCUCUUUGUAAGAAGCCAGACGACUUCGCAGACCUUGUACCCGAGGGGGAAAUAAUCCUGAGCAUCCGGGUUUAUCAAACAGCUGCCUUCGAUAGAUUUAACCCGGUGCGGCCUCACGCCACGCUGCAGAUGCUGGGCUCUCACUACCUGACAGACCUGAGAGACGCAGUGGGGUGUGUGAGCGACCUGCACGUGUUCGGAGAGCUGAGCAACACCCCAAACAUGGCGCCCGACUUUGUCAGCAAGGAUCAUCACAAAUCAGCCUACUUCUACUUCGAGCAUGUGUUCUACAACGACAUGCGCUUCCCAGAGUGCCAGGACAUCAGCGCAACCACCAUUGAGUGGGCCAAGACUCGUGACUUCCCCUCGUUCAGCCAAGCAAAGAUGGAGGACACCAAGUUCAGUGACCUUCAGGUGAAGGUGGGCUACCCCUACCUGUACUGUCACCAGGGAGACUGCGAGCAUCUCGUCAUCAUCACCGACAUCAGGUGUGCUCACAUGGAGGAUUGUCUGGACAGGAAAAUGUACCCCCUCCAGACUCACAAGAACCUGGUCCACACCAACAAGUGUGCUGUCUGCAACAUUUACAUCGCCAGGUGGCUCACCACCAGCGACCAGCUGGCCCUGUCAGACCCAUGUCUGUUCUGUGACAAGUGCUUCAGGAUGCUGCACUAUGACAAGAAGGGACGCAAGCUGGCCGACUUCAACGCCUACGUCUACGUAGACCCUGCCGUCUUCAGCUGAGCCUGACACGCCUACGUAGACCCUGCGGUCUUCAGCUGAGCCUGACACGUCUACGUAGACCCUGCGGUCUUCAGCUGAGCCUGACACGUCUACGUAGACCCUGUGGUCUUCAGCUGAGCCUGACUGGAGAGCAUCCACGCUUCCUUCCAACCUUCUACUUUCAUCCUUCCCUCCCUCCUCUACUGCUGAGCAGUUCCGACUAGUUUCUUGAAAAAUGUUUUUUUCAAGAUCAGAUUGUUCCCUGGAACCUUCUAGUUUAAUAUGGCGUAUUGAGCUGAAUU